AUGGUCAUCAUCACAGAUGAGGAGGAGAUGCGUUUUUCUGUUAAUUCUCUCCUUAGAGAUUGUGAAGGUAGACACUACAACAUGUUUGAAAAUGAUCACAGACAGUUGAUGGAGAAGAUUGAGAACAUCGUGCAUGAGAACAAAGGAAAAUUCCUCACAGUCACCGAAGAGACCAUCAGACCAAAGUCUGAAGACAUAAAAGAACCACCUGAAAAGAUCAGAAGAAUAGAAUCUGAACUCAUCAAACCAUCUUUAAACCUGGUUCUGUGUGGGAGGAGAGGAGCAGGGAAGACUUCAGCAGCCAAGGCCAUUUUAGGUCAGACUGAGCUUCAUUCAGCCUCCAACUCAUCAGAGUGUGUUAAACAUCAGGGAGAGGUGUGUGGACGUUGGGUUUCCCUGGUGGAGCUGCCUGCCUUGUAUGGAAAACCUCAGGAGGCAGUGAUGGAGGAAUCACUCAGGUGUAUCUCCCUCUGUGAUCCUGAGGGUGUCCAUGCCUUCAUCCUGGUCCUACCUGUGGAUCCCGUCACUGAUGAAGAUAAGGGAGAGUUAGAGACCAUCCAGGAUGCAUUCAGCUCUCGGGUCAAUGACUUCACCAUGAUUCUGUUCACCGUGGACUCAAAUCCUACAGCUCCAGCUAUUCGUAACUUCGUAAGCAAAGACCCAAAUAUCCAGGAGGUCUGUCAACGUUAUGGACAAAGGCCUGUUAUUGUUAACAUCAAGGAUAAAGAGCAGAUCCACACGUUGUUGGACACUGUGGAGCAGAUGAGAUGCACAAACAAACCAUGCUGCUACACAGCUGUAACAUUUGCCCGAGCCCAGAUUGAUCUGAUAACUAAAAAUAUGGUCACUCGUAAGUAA